AUGGCUGAAUCAUCGGAUACGCCACCAAAUAAUCUUAAUAAUAAUAAUUCCAGUCUUAUAACGACAAUUCAUCCAGCUGCAAAAUUAGGUGGUCGCGGUACACCACGUCGUAAAACACGUCGUUCAAAUUAUAAUAUUCAUUCAACACUUGUUGCAGCACGUACUUUAGAAAAUAAAUUGAAACCAUUUCGUACACAAUUUCAGUUAUUUGAUCAGCAAGAUUUAUGUGAUGUUACUAUUUUAUAUGAAGAUGGUCAUGCGGAUCUACAAAAACAAGUACAUGUUCAUUCAACACGAUCAAUGAGUAUACAUGAAGUUGAUUCAUCUGAAGCAGGUACACAAACAUUUCAUAUUGAUGAUCUUGAUACAGUCACUAGUACACAUUUCUUUGGUAAUAUUGAAAAUUUUCAACAUGAAUUAAAUAUACAAUCAACAACAUCAACACCAUCAACACCAUCAAUACCAACAACACCAACAACACCAACAACACCAACACCAACAAGUUCAACAAAUUAUUUUAAUGAUUUACAACAACGUCAAUUUUAUUCUCAACCAUCUCCUUAUUAUAUGCAUGCUAAUGCUUAUCAAUCAAAUCCAUAUAUGUUCAAUUCUUUCGAUGCGUAUUGUCAAAAUAUACGUCAAGUUUAUGGUGGUGCUAAUGAACAAUCAGAUGAUAGUGAAGAAGAAAAAGAAGACGAAGACGAAGAAGAACAAGAACAAAAUCCAGCAACAGCAUCAAAAUCUAAACGAAGAAAACGGCGACGUAAACAUGCGAAAUCAAUAUCUGAACAACCACCAACAUCAAUUAUUCCUCAACAAGAAAAACAAGGAGAUAUAGAAGGCGAAGACGAAGACGAAGAAGAAGAGACUAAUGUUGAAAAAUCAGUUGAACAUCUUGAGAAUGAUGAUAUUACAACGCCAAAAACUAAACGUAGACGACGACGAGUACGAAAAUCAAAAAAAUCUCUUCCAACAUCUUCAUUAACCGGUGACCAAGCAGAAUCUUCUAUUAUUAUUCAACAAUCUAAUGCAAAUCCACUAAUAUCAUUAAUCGAUGACAAUAAUACUGAAAUGAUCUCGUCAUCUUCAAUACCAUCAACGACUAUGCCACGUGCUUCAUCCUCUGACGUUCAAGGAAAACAACAAGAACUAUUCUCAACGAAGAGCGGCAUGCCUGAGAAUAGUAAUUUAUUUAAUAUAAAUGCUACGAACGUACUAAAGAACGAUGAACAGGAAAACAAAGAAAAAGAAAAAGAAACACAACCAGGAAAUUUUUUACAAAGAACUGCGAACAUUUCUGCCGAUGAUAGUACUUUAACUACUCUUAUUCAUGCUACAUCUGUUAUCAAUGAUGUUGAUAAAACAGAAGAUGAAAGUAAGAAAAUCACACAGCCUAUCAUUAGCGAUGCAACUACAAAUUUAAGAAAGAUUUCUGUACCAGUGAUUACUAUCAAUGAGUGUGCUGACAAUGAUGAUGAUGAAAUAUCAGAUCAAGAUGUUCCAGAAGAAAAUCAAAGCAAUACAGACAACGUUAGCAUUUCAUCUAAUAUAAAACAGUUAUCUGAACAGCAAACAAUACCAGAUGAUAUUCAAGUAAAUAUAUUUUUUCCACUCUAUUCUAAUAUUUGA